AUGUUUAACAGCAAAGCAAUUGAAGAAUGUUGUAAAUUGUUGAGAAUCGAUAUGAUUGUGCGAGCCCAUCAGAUGAAACAAAAUGGAUUUGAGUUUUCCGAUAAUCGAAAAUUGGUGACAAUUUUUUCGGCUCCAAAUUAUUCGGGAAGCAAUACAGUGGGUUAUUUGAGGCGAAUUUCUUUGAAAUAUUUUGAAUCGGACCAAAUUUUUAUUUUUUUUUCAGAAUUUAGGUGCGACUAUGAAUGUUAUGGCGAAUGGCAAAAUCAGCUUCAACCUUCUGAAAAACCAUCAGAAAAUCGACAAAAUUGCUGAAAAAUCAUCGUCGAUCACAGGAAGUGUUGAUUAA